AUGGUCAACGUGGUUCUAGGUUCGCAAUGGGGCGAUGAAGGUAAGGGCAAGUUGGUGGAUUUGCUAGUGGGCAAGUAUGACAUCGUGGCCCGUAGUGCCGGUGGGAACAACGCUGGGCAUACCAUUGUAGUGGAAGGGGUGAAGUACGAUUUCCACAUGCUGCCCUCCGGGCUGGUCAACCCCAACUGUCAGAAUUUGAUUGGUAACGGGGUUGUGAUGCAUAUUCCAUCUUUUUUCCAGGAACUCGAACAACUUGAGGCCAAGGGCCUCAAGGAUGGGCGUUCCAGGUUGUUUGUCUCGUCCAGGGCGCAUCUGGUGUUUGACUUCCACCAACGCACCGACAAGCUCAGAGAAGCCGAGCUUUCAGGCAAGUCCAAGGAUGGCAAAAACAUUGGUACCACUGGAAAAGGUAUUGGUCCUACCUACGCCACCAAGGCUUCCAGAUCCGGCCUAAGAGUCCACCACUUGGUCAACGACGAGCCAGAAGCUUGGGACGAGUUUGUUACGAAGUACAAACGUCUCGUGGAGACCAGACAACAACGUUACGGCCCAUUCGACUACGACAUGGAGGGCGAGCUUCAGCGUUACAAGCAAUACCGUGAGCAACUCAAGCCUUUUGUGGUGGACUCUGUCGUUUUCAUGCACAACGCCAUUCGUGACAACAAAAAGAUUCUGGUCGAAGGUGCCAACGCUCUGAUGUUGGAUAUCGACUUCGGUACCUAUCCAUUCGUCACCUCAUCCAACACUGGUAUCGGAGGAGUUUGCACUGGUCUAGGUCUGCCCCCCAGAGUCAUUGAUGAAGUUUACGGUGUAGUUAAGGCCUACACUACCAGAGUCGGAGAAGGUCCAUUCCCCACCGAACAAUUGAACGAAAACGGUGAGAAAUUGCAGGACAUUGGUGCUGAAUACGGCGUUACCACCGGUCGUAAGCGUCGCUGUGGAUGGCUCGAUCUUGUUGUUCUGAAAUAUUCAACCCUCAUCAACGGCUACACCAGUUUGAACAUUACCAAGCUGGACGUUCUUGACACCUUUAAGGAGAUUCCAGUUGGUGUUUCUUACUCUUUGAGAGGUAAGAAGUUGGAUCUUUUCCCUGAGGAUCUUAUCACUUUAGGCAAAGUCGACGUUGAAUACGUUACUCUUCCAGGCUGGGAGCAGGACAUCACCAAGAUCACAGAAUACCAAGAUUUGCCUGAAAACGCCAAGAAAUACUUGAAGUUCAUCGAAGAUUACCUCGGUGUUCCAGUCCAAUGGGUCGGAACUGGCCCUGCGAGAGAAAGCAUGGUCUACAAAGAGGUUAACUAA